CCUUCCUUUGCCUUGCUAGAUUCGACUUUUUUGCUUUGUCCACCUAACUAACCUAAUACUUUGUUGUACUUUACAUCCUUACAAAACAACCAAGAAAUUUAAACCUACAUCUGCGAUAAACAUAACUUUGUAAUCUUUAAUAGGUUGAUUGAUGCACUACAUCAUCUAAACUUCUAUCGGUCCAUAGGUCAAACGGCAGCGAGUGCUAGACCAUGGCGGAAGUCGAGACGCGCCACAUCGGCGAGCGUUCGCCAAAUGAAGCUCCAGCAGCUCCCAUCCCUCGCUCGCCGCGCCGUGACCACGAUCGAGCCCGACCUCGCGAUGGCGGCGAUAGCUAUAGACCUUCGCGCGGCCGCGACCGUCGCUCAUCACCUCCCCACCAACGCUCGCCACCACCCCGUCAGCGCACGCCCCCGAAAAUGCCCACCGAGGAAGAGAAGCAGGCCGCCGCGAAGGCCGAGUACCAGAAACUCCUCAGCAUGCGGUCCGGAGGUACCUACAUCCCUCCCGCCCGCCUCCGCGCUCUACAGGCCCAGAUCACGGACAAGACCAGCAAGGAGUACCAGCGUAUGGCCUGGGAGGCGCUGAAGAAGAGCAUCAACGGUCUCAUCAACAAGGUCAACGUUUCCAACAUCAAGCACAUUGUCCCGGAACUGUUCCAGGAGAAUCUGGUCAGAGGGCGUGGUCUAUUCUGCAGGAGCAUCAUGAAGGCUCAGGCUGCUAGUUUGCCCUUCACCCCCGUGCUGGCCGCCAUGGCCGCGAUUGUCAACACGAAGCUCCCCCAGGUUGGCGAACUGCUGAUCAAGAGAUUGGUCAUGCAGUUCAGGAAGGCUUUCAAGCGAAACGACAAGUCCGUCUGCCUGUCUUCGACCAUGUUCAUUGCACACCUGGUCAAUCAGCAGGUGGUUCACGAAAUGCUGGCUGCCCAGAUAUUAUUACUUUUGCUACAAAAGCCAACGGAUGACAGCGUGGAAAUCGCGGUGGGGUUGACGAAGGAGGUGGGUCAGCAUCUAGAGGAGAUGAACCCGGCUAUCGGCAACGCCGUCUUUGACCAGUUCAGAAAUAUCUUGCACGAGGCGGAUAUAGACAAGCGAGUGCAGUACAUGAUCGAGGUACUAUUCCAGGUGCGCAAGGACAAAUUCAAGGACAACCCUGCAAUCAAGGAGGAGCUGGACUUGAUCGAGGAGGAAGAUCAGAUCACACAUCGAAUCGAACUCGACGGUGCCAUCGACGUGCAAGAUGGGCUUAAUAUUUUUAAAUUCGACCCGGAAUGGGAGGAGACGGAAGAAGCUUACAAGAGAUUGAGAGCCGAGAUUUUAGGAGAAGGAAGUGAUGACGAAGAUGAUGACGAUGACGACGAGAGCUCUGAGGAAGAAAAUGAAGAGGAGAAGGCGAUAGAGAUCAAGGAUCAGUCCAAUACCGACCUGGUGAAUCUACGCAAGACCAUCUACCUCACUAUAAUGAGCAGCAUGGACCCCGAAGAGUGCGUCCACAAGCUGAUGAAGGUCAACCUACCCACCGGUCAAGAGCCAGAGCUACCCUCCAUGGUUGUGGAGUGCUGUAGUCAGGAGAAGACAUAUUCCAAGUUCUUUGGCCUGAUUGGGGAACGGUUCGCGAAGAUCAAUCGCCUAUGGUGCGAUCUUUUCACCCAGAGCUUUGAGAAGUACUACGAGACUAUUCACCGAUAUGAGACGAAUCGACUACGGAAUAUCGCCAGAUUCUUUGGUCACAUGUUUGGUUCUGAGGCCAUCGGCUGGCACGCCAUGUCAGUUAUACACUUGAACGAAGAGGAGACGACCUCUGCGAGCAGAAUCUUCAUCAAGAUUCUGUUUCAAGAGAUUUCCGAGGAGCUCGGCAUGCAGAAGCUGCAGGCACGAGUACGGGAUGAAAGUCUUCAGGACAGCUUCACAGGUCUCUUUCCCCGCGACAAUCCGCGCAAUGUUCGAUUCUCGAUCAACUACUUUACCAGCAUUGGCAUGGGUGCUCUGACGGAGGAGAUGAGAGAAUGGUUGGCGAAUAUACCGAAACCGACCCUUCCUGCGCCCCCGGCAGCUGAGGACUCUGAUUCGGACUCGGUGUCAAGUUACUCGUCGUACACUGGUUCCUCUUAUUCGUCUCGGUCUCGGUCUCGGUCUCGAUCACGCACGCCGGCACGAAGAGCCCUGGAUAGAGGCCGCUCGUUAUCGCGAACACCUCCGAGACGAGCAAGGUCACCAUCCUAUAGUAGGAGCAGGAGCAGGAGCAGGAGCCCAUCUCGGUCUCGGUCUCGCUCUUAUAGUUCAUCUCGUAGUCGCUCCCCAAGACGGGCUGGCAAGAGAUAUUCUAAAUCCCCGAGUCCACCAACUCGUCGUCGUCGGGACUCUAGCCCCGCAAGGUACAGAUCGGUCACACCGCCACCCGCCCGUGCAGCGGUUCGGGUCCGCUCCCGCGGCCGUAGUCGAAGUUCGACCCGGUCUCGCUCCUAUUCAUCCUCACGAAGCCGCAGCCCCCCUUCUCGCAGAGCAGCCGCAAAAGCUUCAGUAAGCCGAAGUCCACCACCGCGCAGGGCACCAGCAAGGCGAGAUUCAUACUCAGCUAGCCCCCCUCGUCGAGCACGACGUGACGCAAGUUCGUCCCGUUCUAAAUCCCCACCCACGCAACGAGGACGCCCUGCCAGAAAGUCACCAUCCCCACCAGCGAGGCGACGUAGGAACACGAGCUCUGUGAGCAGCGGCCCGCGAAAGAGACCCAGAUACGACAGUCGAUCGCCGAGCCCCGUCAAUGCGAAGAAAAGGCGGUACAGCUCCGGCUCUAGCAGAACGAGAUCACGAUCGCCGCCGCCCCGGAAGACUCGGGAUGUCAAGCCGAGAGGCUAGAAGCCUUAUUCUCGGACAAAAUAGAUGUAUCGUGGGAGUUGUGGAAUGAAGUCAUACCCGGUCAAAAAACGAUAUCCUAUACCUCGACGGACGAGAAAAUACUAGGUCGUUUGAGCCUCGAGCCGGUUGGUGCGGAGGUUCUUUGUGGAAGGCUAGGGGAGUGGAGAGUGGAUUUAUAUUUAAUGGUGCGGAGUCUACUAUUACUACUCGUGCCUAUCUUUGGUAAUGGAUUAGUUACUACUCCCUCUACCCCUUUUUUACUCAAACAAAGAAAAAGAAGAAGAAAGUAUCUGCCUUCCGCCGACGUCGCAUUAUCUGCAUGCUUUGCAUUUGUAUUUUGUUGGAGAAUGGGUUGGUUGGUCGCAUUGUACUGUAGAUAAUACCACAAGACUGAAUUUGGCGAGGCGGCGCAUUAACUUGAGGUAGAUGAUAAAUUUAUACUACCUAUGUCUUACCGUUUCGAG